GACUUCUGGCAAGGCGACCAUGUUAGGUCCAUCAUUCAAGUAGAGACGAAAUAUGCAUGCAACGGCAACAAUGGCCGUCCUUUGACAUCAAUGGUAACGCCAAAAGCAUAGUAUUAUUUGUGUGGCGGUGCUGUUGGAGUGUUACUGGGUUACAAUGUCAAUGAGAUGUACCUCAGCCUCUAUACGAUUCGCACUAUUCCUCUCAUUUUCUCUCACGGCCUCAUCAUCUUUACCACCACUGCCAUUCUUUUCCAAGCGUGACGCUCCAUCCAUCCCCGAACCCAAAGCCACUCCCUCUGACUUAUUAUCUCUGUUGGGAUCCAAAUCUAACUCCUCAGCAGUCAAUCCCGUGGCAGCACGCCAACUCAAAUCAUGCUUCAGAUUCCUUGUUCCUUUCACUCCACUCGACCCUCCCCGCCACCGCAAAUUGGGCCCCACCGAACCAACCGGCCCAACUCAGAGUCACGAGAACGAGCUUAUUUGGUGGCCGCCUGGGCCGGUUUUGGAGCUGGCCCGCCUCGCCGUAGAUUCCGGUGGGGACCCCGCUGCUAUUCAUCGCGCUCUUGACCCAACCGUUAUCCCAGUGCCUGAUGUUGAAGGAUCAAAGGAAGAUCGAUGUGAACUCACCAGAACCCCUUAUGGCAGACGCUUCAUUUGUGAGGAGCUGAAUCUGUAUCUACAGUUUUUGUUUGAACUCAUUGUUGAUCGAGGUCCAUCUGUUGGGUUGAAUGUUGCCUUGAGCCGGUUUGAUCUGUUCCAUGGUCACCUCUUUCUAGCCACAGGCUCUGGAAGACUCGGUAUCUUAUUCCAUGCAAAGGAAUACCCAGCAUAUGAUAAACAAGUGUUCCCAUUCAAUAUGGGAUUUUGUCAGAGAGGAUCCAAUGUGACAUAUGAUGAUUCAAUGAACCUGCGAAAUAUUCUUUGGCUGGCUCCACUGCCUGGCGAUUCUGCUGAAUCUUGGGUGGCACCAGGUGUUCUGGUAGUGCUGGAUGUUCGUCCUGAUGGAAUCAUAUACCGAGAUCUAAUACCUGAUUAUGUUAAUUUUGCAAGGACUAUAUAUGAAGAUGACCUUGGGGAUGUUGCUGUUGAUGUGAACUACUUGAAUGUAGGAUCUGAAUCUCGAAAUUAUCAAAUAUUCAUAUGCUGAUCCUGGUUUGGAGAUAAACUGCCACCCUGAUUCGCUUCACAACGAAACUAGCUUAUAUGAACGAGGAUUGCCGAAGCUUAUACAAAUAAUGUACAGGUCGAUUGCAAUUUGCAAUGAAGAUUGUAUAACAUAUUUCCUCCAAUUUGUCAAGGUCAAUUGAUAUCAAUGUCAAGUACUGUAUAUGCUCAUGCAAUUGCCCUCAAACUUUAUGAAAUUAUGUGCCCUUAAUAUAUCACAAAUUUC